CCGGGAUUCCCCACCCCUCCCGCACCGCCGGGGACCCGGCCGGCCUGGCGCGAGCCCCCGUGCGGGCCCCCGGCUCGGCCCCCGGCUCGGCCCCCGGCUCGGCCCCCGGCUCGGAGGAGCCCGGAACCCGCCCUCGGAGCCACAGCCCAGCGGCGGCGACUGCUGCAGUCGGGAGGGUCCGUGCUUGUGAUUCUCAAUGGAGAGUGAAAGCACAGAUUCAUAAUGAAAACCAGCCCCCGUCGGCCACUGAUUCUCAAAAGACGGAGGCUGCCCCUUCCUGUUCAAAAUGCCCCAGGUGAAACAUCAGGAGAGGAACCUAAGAGGCCCCCUGCCCAACAGGAACCUGGUCAAGCACAGGCCUCCAAGGAGGCAGCAGAGUCCAACUCUUGCAAGUUUCCAGCUGGGAUCAAGAUUAUUAACCACCCCACCAUGCCCAACACCCAAGUGGUGGCCAUCCCUAACAAUGCCAAUAUACAGAGCAUCAUCACAGCAUUGACCGCCAAAGGAAAAGAGAGUGGCAGCACUGGGCCCAACAAAUUCAUCCUCAUCAGCUGUGGGGGAGCCCCCACUCACCCUCCAGGACCCCAGCCUCAAGCCCAAACCAGCAAUGAUCCCAAGAGGACAGAAGUGGUCACCGAGACCCUGGGAUCAAAGCCAGCAGCUAGGGAUGUGAAUCUGCCUAGACCACCUGGAGCCCUUUCCGGGCAGAGAUGGGAGAGCUGUGCUGGCAGUGAGGCAGCAGGCUGCACUCUCGACAACAGCUUGACUAACAUCCAGUGGCUUGGAAAGAUGAGUUCGGAUGGACUGGGCCCCAGCAACAUCAAACAAGAGAUGGAGGGAAAGGAGAAUCGUCACCUGGAGCAAAGUCAGGUUGAGGAGACCCCGGGAGCGUCAGCAUCCUGGCAGGACUCUGUGUCUGAGCGGCCGCCAUACUCUUACAUGGCUAUGAUACAGUUCGCCAUCAACAGCACCGAGAGGAAGCGCAUGACCUUGAAAGACAUCUAUACUUGGAUCGAGGAUCACUUCCCCUAUUUUAAGCACAUUGCCAAGCCAGGCUGGAAGAACUCCAUCCGCCACAACCUUUCUCUCCAUGACAUGUUUGUUCGAGAGACAUCUGCCAAUGGCAAGGUCUCCUUCUGGACUAUCCACCCCAGUGCCAAUCGCUACUUGACAUUGGACCAGGUGUUUAAGCCACUGGACCCAGGGUCUCCACAAUCGCCUGAGCACUUGGAAUCACAGCAGAAACGACCCAAUCCUGAGCUCCGCCGGAACGUGACCAUCAAAAGCGAACUCCCACUAGGCGCACGGCGGAAGAUGAAGCCACUACUGCCACGGGUCAGCUCGUACCUGGUACCCAUCCAGUUCCCAGUGAACCAGUCACUGGUGUUGCAGCCCUCGGUAAAAAUGCCACUGCCCCUGGCAGCUUCACUCAUGAGCUCAGAGCUUGCCCGCCAUAGCAAGCGAGUCCGUAUUGCCCCCAAGGUGCUACUAGCUGAGGAGGGGGUGGCCCCUCUGCCAGCCACAGGGCCCCUGCAAGAGGACAAACUCCCGCUCGGAGAAGGACUGUCUCCUCUGCUUCCAGUUCAGUCCAUCAAGGAGGAAGAACCCCAGCCUGGGGAGGAGACGCUACACUUGGGGAGGCCCAUCAAAGUGGAGAGCCCACCCUUGGAGGAGUGGCCCUCGCCGUGCCUGUCCAUCAAAGAGGAAUCCUCUCAUUCCUGGGAGGACUCGUCCCACUCUCCCACGCCAAGGCCCAAGAGGUCCUACAGCGGGCUCAAGUCCCCAGCCCGGUGUGUCUCAGAAAUGCUUGUGAUUAAACGGAGGGAGGGGAGGGAGAUGAGCCGGUCUCGAAGGAAACAGCACCUCCUGCCUCCUUGCCUGGAUGAGCCGGAGCCCGAGCUGCUCUUCUCCCAGGGCCCCGGGGCUUCCCAGCGAGCCACCCAGCUUACUUUGCCCACAGAGUCCUCUGAGCCUGCCUCCCGGCUUGGCUACUCCCAAGAGGAGGGAGGACCUUUUAAGACGCCCAUUAAGGAGACGCUGCCCAUCUCUUCCACUCCAAGCAAAUCUGUCCUCCCCGUGACCCCCGAAUCCUGGAGGCUCACACCCCCAGCCAAAGUAGGGGGGCUAGAGUUCAGCCCAGUACACCACCCCCAGGCUGCCUUCGGCCCCCUGCCUGAUGCCCUGGGGCUGACGGAUUUUAGCACCACCCCCCUGAAAAGCAUUCCCCUCUUUGACUCGCCCCGAGAGCUCCUCAGUUCUGAGCCCUUUGACCUCACCUCUGACCCCUUCAGCACCUCUUCCCCCUCAGAUAUGGAAGUCCCCAAGCCAGACUCCCCCGGGCCAGAGGCUGCCAGCCUCUCAGCCAACCGCUCUCUGACAGAAGGCCUGGUUCUGGACACGAUGAAUGACAGCCUCAGCAAGAUCCUGCUGGACAUCAGCUUUCCUGGCCUGGAGGAGGACCCUCUGGGCCCUGACAGCAUCAACUGGGCUCAGUUCAUUCCUGAGCUACGGUAGAGGCCUACCUUACCCUUGCUGCCUGAGCUGUCCAUGCUUCCAGGAUCUCGGGUGGCUGGGCCAUCCGAGGACAGCAGGCAGGGACCGUCUGCCCCUCUAGCUCCACUUUGCCUGCUUGUGCCAAGACGGACAUCAUGCCGUGGCCACUACUGAGCCCUCUGCAAGCAGCAAGGUCCUGGUGACCGGUCACUGUGCCACCACUGCUCCCCAAAAGAAUCUGGUUCCUCACUCUCCCUGCUAAGGGGUGGGAAUGGCAAAAGCAAGGGUGAAAAGAGAUUAGGAACUCCUCGGACUGUUUACACCUGUGCCCAGGAGUCCCCCACUUUUCCUGAUCCUUGCAGGGCAGCCCUUGUAAAUAGUGUAUAUUCUCCAAAUUAUCCUCUAAUUAUAAAUGUAAGCUUAUUUCCUUAGAUCAUUAUCUAGAGACUGCCAGAAAGGUGGGUAGGAUGACAAGGGGUUUGUUUGCUCCUGUUCCUUGCUUUCAAUUCCUAGAGAAGGGAGGACGCGCAGUGUACGGUUUCUUCCAGGCCCAGGGCACCUGCCUUCAGGGCUCUUUACUGUAGACAAGCAGAUCUGCUUCCUAGGGUCCUGCUUAUUGUCCCCCCUCCCUUCCCACCUUCCCAUGUUUCCAAGUCAGCUUUCCUGCAAGAAGAAAUCCUGACAAAAAAAGGUCUUUUGUCAAGGGUCAAGAGUUGAAUUGGGGGUGGGGGAAUGGAUGCAUCUGAAGCAAAGAAUGCAGGUGCCCAGAUGUGCUCCCGAGAUGUUUCUCUGAUAACGUCCCUAAUCAUGCCAGAGAGACGAGCCAUUUGCCAAGAACUUGGCCCAAGGCUUGAGAAGACUGAAAGGGCCCUGCCCUGCCUAACUUCCUUAGCUCACACCUCAGCUUUGCUAAGAGCCACCUUAGGCCCCAGCUGACCGCAUGCAUGUGAGCCAGCUCGAGAACACUACCAUAACUGUCAAUAAAAUCCAGGGUGG